AUGCGCGCCUUCAGAGCCCCCAAUUCGCUCCUAAGAGGCGUCAAUGGUCUCGCGCAGGUGUCGCGAAGCCAAACCCAGGCUCCCCUCGCAGCACGCCUAGUCGCACCAUCGACACACCUCACGACAACCCGCGCCUUCACCAACUCCUCCCCCCUCGCGAAGAAGAAGAAGGCCCCUAACUACCCGACCUCCGACUCCCCCGAGAUCGUCUCCCGGACGUCCCACUCCGCCACGCCCAACAACAAAGACCACGAGUCCGACCCGGACGACGUCCCGGGCUCGAAGCACCCGAAACCGGACCCCGCCGACCCCCUCGACUUCGCCGACGUCGCCUCCCGCUUCCAGUCCCUCGCCGCCUUCCACACCGACAUCCUCAAGAAGAUCCAGCACGGCGACCGCUUCUCCACCGAGGCCAUCGGCGCCCUCUCCGUCCAGCCCAACCGCAAGGACCCGGCCUGCUACCCCCUUCGCGAGCUCGCCGAGGUCGUCCCCCGCCCCGGGGGCCGCGCCGUCUCCCUCCUCCUCCACGAGAAGGACUACGUCCAGCCCGUCAUGUCCGCCGUCCAGGCGUCCCCCGACUUCAACCAGCAGCCCCAGCGCGACCCGGACAACGAGCUCGAGCUGAUCCUCAAGGUCGAGCCCCAGAACAAGGACGAGGUCGUCCGCAAGGCCAAGGACAUCGCGCAGGCGUGGAGGGAGAAGAUGAGGCACGUCACCGAGAAGAGGAAGAAGACGCACGCCAAGUGGCAGAAGGAGGGGUCCAUCAUCCCCGAUCUGAAGAAGAGGGCGGAUAAGGAGCUGCAGAAGGUGCAGGACAAGGAGAUGAAGGUAGUCGAGCAGACCGAGCAGCAGACCCUGAGGAAGCUCCAGUAG